CGCCGUUCUUCCACCUGGCAAGCGGCGUCGAGAUGGCUUGGCUCUCUUCCGGCGCGACCAACGACGAGCUGGCGCUGGCUCUGCGAGACCACGAUGUGAUCAAAUCCGAUAUGGUCCUGGCGGCGUUUCAAGCGGUGGACCGUGGCCUCUUUGUGCCCCGGACCAUGGUCGAACGCGCUUACAACGACUACCCGAUUCGCGUCGGCUCCAUGCACCUCAGCGCGCCACACAUUUAUGCGCAGGUGCUGGAAGCAUUCGAUCUCUUCCACGGACUUUCGUUCCUCAACCUUGGCUCGGGCAGCGGGUACUUUUCGUGCUUGGUCGGCUCUGUCAUUGGCAAGGAUGCAAUCAACCACGGGCUUGAGAUCGAUCCAACUGUCAUUGCCGCUUGCCAGCAAUCGUGUGCGACCUACGUAGCGCAGCGCUCGCCGCCAUCGAUGGCUUCACACGAUGCGAUCAUGCAAGCAGACAACGAUGACAACAACCGCGAGGAGACUGGCGCGCCAGAAGAGUCGAGUGACGACUACAGCGUGCCCCAUGUUGUGCAAGGCAGCAUCUACACGAUGGAGUGCGCCGCCAACGUCAAGUACGACCGCAUCUACGUCGGCGCCGGUGCCCCCGAGAGCCUCAUCGCGACGAUCCACGCGUUGCUCAAGCCGAUGGGGAUUGCGAUCGGUCCGUUUGGCGACAAGCUGCUCAAGAUCCGGUCGCGCGAGGACGGCUCGUGCACCAAGAUGGUGUUGACUGGCGUGCACUUUGCGCCGCUGCGGGACGACAACAACACGUCUGCCAAAGUCUGCUACUUUCCGCCGCAAGUGUGGACGCUGCAGCUGCACGCAACGUACCCCCGGGCUUUUCGAGAGGCCGUCGCAGCGCUGUAUCCAGCACAAGAUCGACUUCCGGCGAUGGUGUGGUUGCGGCUCUUCGAAAUGCUGCCGCAAACAUGGUUUGCACCGGAGCGUAGUGCGACAGAGAAGCUGCGAUUCCUCCUCGAGCUGGAGACUUCGGCACGGGAAGAAGCCGAAACACGCGCUGUGAAAGCAGAAGCCGAGCGUGACCAGUACCGACUGGUCAUGUGGCGCCAGCAAAACCAGAUCCAGGCUCUUUUGGCGCAAGUGCAAGCACAGGCGUCCCGCCCAAGCACGGACGAUGAGGACGAUGCAAUGGUGUCGGCCGACCACGUGGAGUGAGCUGUCGAGCUAAGUUGAUGAAUAUUGUCUUGUUUGUAUGUUUGUA